UUCUUCUUUUUUUUAAACUCUUCGCCCAACUUUUAUAUUUUUUGUUUGGGGAGUAUAGAGAAGAGCAGUGUAAAAUGGACAGUAAACUUUCUUCUGUUUCUCUGUCUAAUAACAACAAUAAAUUAAAUAAUAAUAAUAGUCAAUUAAAACAACAAAAUUUACAAAACGGGCAUAUUUCUCUUAGUUCUUUUGUUGAAAAAAUAAAUAAUAAUAAUAAUUUAAUUGAUACCUCAUCUUCAGCAGUGUCGUCAAAUAUUGAGAAAAAACCUAUUAGAUUAAAUUCCCCUAUAGGGGGGUCUGCAAUCUCGUGGCAUUGGAGUGAGAAGGAAAAGAACAAUAUUGGAAUUGAGGUGGUGGAUAUUAUUAGAUUGGCACUUGUUCACUUUCCAGAUUUGGCAACUCCACUCAAAUCUAAACUGGAAAGCGUUGAUGUUUUCAAUUAUGACCAAGUCCGUUCUUUGGCCAAAAAGUUUAACAAAAUCAGCAAAGAGACUGCCCUUACUAGGAAGGAAAAUUCUUCAAAAUCCUCCCAAAAUGCAAGCAAAGAAUUACUUCACCAAAUAAUUACAAGAUGUUAUAACAAAGCUGUGGACAAUGAAAAAGCUUUGAAUAAACAUUAUGAAGCUUUUUCGUCUCAAACUUAUGGUGAGACGUCGUAUGAACGGAUGCAAAUGAUUAUUGAAGAGCUUAAGCCGUCACAAAAAGACGUUUUUGUCGAUUUGGGCAGUGGAGUAGGUCAACUAGUUGUGCACAUGGCUGGUGGAACCUUAGCUCAUAGAGCGGUUGGAAUAGAAAUAGCUUCAUUACCAUCAAAAUUUGCAAAGAAAUUGGAACACGAAUUUAAAAAGGGCCGGUUUUCAAUUUUAACCCUUAUUUUCCUUCAUUUUUCGUCCAUUUCCACUCAAUUUCCUACAAUUUUUAACCCAAUUUUGUUUAGAUUAAUGAAUUGGUUUGGCCGCCCAUUUCAACCUUUUGAAUUACUCCAUGGCGAUUUCCUCAGCACAGAAUAUCGAAAACUUAUAACCGAAGAAGCCUCAAUCAUUUUUAUCAACAAUUAUGCCUUUCAAUCAGAUUUGGAAACGAGAAUUAAAAGAGAAUUGCUUUCUGACUUGAAGGAUGGAACUAAAAUUGUUUCUACUAAACCUUAUGUGCCGUUAAAUAAACAAGGAGCAAUUACUGAUAGACAAUUAAAUGGUUGGUAUUUUUUUGUUUAAUUUUGUUGUGCAGCUAGUUAGUUUUGGGAAAAUUUGGAUUUUCGAUUUGGAAAUUCCUUUUGAUAUUGUCGUCCGAUAUUCAAGAGGAAUUUGAAAAUUUUUCACUAACCUUAAAAAUUCUUCCUGAGUCUACAGGCCGUCCCUUCGAAGGGUCAAUUUCAUGGGGAAGGAUAUUCAAGUUUAGAAAUCCGAAUUUUAGUUAAAGGCUAAAUGUUUUGCUUUUUCUAUGGUUUAGGUUGAUGUUCGGCAAAUGGAUUUUUUCCGAUUCGAUACCGGGAAUACUCCCACCGAUUCGAUAUUUUAGGCAGUACACAACUUGCCUAAUUUACUUAAACGGUACUUAUUUACUCCCCCCCAGGCAGUUU